AUGGUGGAAAAGAUGAUCCCGAUUCCGAAAAAGAUCUAUUUCUACUGGAUCUGCCGUGGUCAGGAAGAGUUCGACUGGUUCUACGACCUGCUCUCGGCGGCCGCAGAAGGUCCAGCGGCAGGUGUUGUCGACAUCACGCUGUUUUUGACUGGCGAGAUCGAGCUCCAGCAGGUGAAGCAGCUCCCCUGUGCCUCGGGUCAGUUCUUUGGCCGGCCCAACUGGGGCCGGAUCUUCAAGCAGAACCGUGCGAAGCAUCAGGGGGAACACAUCGGAGUCUUCCUGUGCGGCUCGCCCAUCAUCGGCGAAGAGCUCGGUCGGCAGAGCGUAAAGAAUUCGGACGUCAUCGGGACGCCAGGUGCCACACGCUUCUCCUUCUUCAAGGAGCACUUCUGA